AUGUCUAAAAAACCUUAAUAUGAUCUUAUGUGUAAAUUCCUAAUUAUAGGGUCAGCUUAAGUUGGAAAGACAAAUCUACUUACUCGUUUUAUCGACGACGUUUACAGCGACAGUCAUAUCACUACUGUUGGGGUGGAUUUCAAAUUCAAGGAAAUGAAAGUCAAUGGCAAAAUCAUGAAGAUGCAAAUUUGGGAUACUGCAGGAUAAGAGAAGUUCAGGACUUUGACAUAAAAUUACUAUAAAUAUGCUCAUGGAGUCUUGUUGGUUUAUGCUGUUGAUGAUAUUCAAUCUUUUAAGGAAAUCACAUUUUGGAUGAACUCUUUGAAAUAACAUGGAAAAACUGAUCUUGCAAUUGUUUUAAUUGCUAAUAAGUGUGAUCUAGAAGAAUAGAGGGUGAUUUCUAAACAAUAAGGAGAGGACUUAGCUAAUCAACUUGGAGUUGAAUAUUUUGAGACUUCUGCCAAAAUUGGUAAAAAUGUAUAUGAAGCAUUUCAGAGAUUGGCUGAUUUGGCAGAGUCAUAAAACAAUUAAAAGAUCACUCUUCCAAAUCUUACUGAAGAUAAUAGUUAUAAGAUCAAUUUGACUUCAAAUACAAGAAAUAAAAAGAAAGGAUAGGAAUGCUGUUGA